GUAAUGACGAUUAGAUAUUUUGAUCAACAAUAAAUUAAUCUUUUUUUCUGAGAUCAAUAUAACAGAAUACUGAAAAUUCCAAAACCAACUUGAAAAUAACCUCUGCGAACUUAAUAAUUAACCAUGGACAUUAAACAGCAAUGGAUUCCCGGAAAUUUUAAAAGUGUCCCCGAUAUUGGACAUACAGCUCAACAUGAUGUUGUACAGCACGGCUGGACUCCAAUCACAACUACUACUUCUGUGCUUGGUGUUGUGUUUGAAUCCGGUGUAGCUUUGGCUGCAGAUACACUCACAUCAUAUGGCUCAAUGGCGUGUUUCCAGAAUAAUCCCAGAAUAUUGACAGUGAAUCAAAAUAUUAUUGUAGCUGCAGCAGGUGAAUACUCCGAUUAUCAAUUUAUACGAGAUGUUGUUGAAGAAAAAGUAAGGACUGAAAAGAGUCUUAACGAUGGAAUAUCAAUGAAACCAAAAGCUUUACACACUUGGCUGUCUCGUGUCUUGUACAACCGCAGAACAAAGAUGAAGCCACUCUGGUCCACAUUCUUAGUGGCUGGAAUCCAAAAUGAUGUUCCCUUUUUGGGUGAAAUCGAUAAAUUGGGAACAGCAUUUGCAGAUGAACAAAUUGCUAGUGGCUAUGGUGCGUACCUUGCAUUGCCAUUAAUGCGUAAAGCUAUUGAUGAAAAACGUGAAAAAUUCAAUUCUAAAUUAACAAAAGAUGAAGCUAUUGAUCUACUUAAAAAGUGCAUGGAAGUAUUGUAUUACAGAGAUGCAAGGAGCCACGAUAAAUAUCAAAUUGGUAUUGUUACUAAAGACUCUGUUGAAGUACAAAAUCUUGCAUUGAAGCCGAGAUGGGAAGUUGCCAAGUUGGUACAAGGAUAUGAAUAAACUUGAAAAUCUUAUAUAACAUACAAUUAAUGAAAUAUUUCAUAUUAUUUUAUCAUUAUUUUAAAAUAAUUAUUACAUUUAUGUAGGGAUUACUUUUUUUUUUGCUAAUAAAAAUGUAUAUCAUGGAAAAAUA